CAAGCAUAGACGAGUAAAAUAAAGGGGAUGUGAGGGCCACUGGCAUGAGAAUGAAGUGAAGCUCACUUGUCCGCACUGAUCAGCCAACUAACCGCAGCUCCGUCCUGUUUGCAAACGUCUGCAGUUUAGCCCACGGUGCGUCCCCAUUCCUCAGAGCGCCUGCAGAAAUGGCGAUAUCGACGCUCCAGAGACUCUCCUCCCAACUCAACCGCCUCCCAUCUCUCACCCCUUUCACCAAAACCGUCCUCGUCCGCUCCUCCGCCUCCGCCGCUGCUUCCACUUCCUCCUCCGCCAAAGUCGCCGACAGAAUAGUUAAGUUGUUCGCUGUCGACCUUGACGGUAAAAAGAGGGAGAUCGUGGGCCUCUCCGGUCAGACUCUCCUCAAGGCUUUGGCCAACAGCGGUCUCAUCGACCCUGCCUCCCACCGCCUCGAGGAGAUCGACGCUUGCUCCGCCGAGUGCGAGGUCAGCAUCGCCCAGGAGUGGCUCAAUAAACUGCCACCGAGAUCCUAUGAUGAGGAGUAUGUUUUGAAGAGAAAUUCUAGAGCUAGGGUUUUGAACAAGCACGCCAGGUUGGGAUGCCAGGUCGUUCUAACGCCUGACCUUCAAGGUAUGGUUGUUGCAGUCCCCGAACCAAAGCCAUGGGAUAUCCCCUAAAACGAGUAUGAGUUUAGGGUUUUGUUUUCGAUUUUGCUUUACCAUGAUGUUUGGAAUUGAUUAUGCAAUAAUGUGCACGCUUCAAAUGGAUUUAUGUUUCCUGCAAUGUGAGAUAUAUGUAAGAUUUCCCUUGAAUUGGUUCUCCGGAACUUAAUUCUGAUGUUCUGAUUUAGCUAAUUUAAAUUUUUUGCAA